GUGACAAUGGUACAGGAGUGAGUUUACUAUCUUGUCUUUUACUGGAAAUCUUCAGUUUGUAAAAUGUGGAUACGCUGGAGCCACCUUCCCCGAAUUUAUUUUCCCAUCACUCAUAGGGAGACCAAUAUUGCGCGCAACUUCUCGCGUGGGCAAUUUGGAAGUUCAGGAUCUUAUGAUAGGUGAUGAAGCAAGUGAAUUAAGACAAAUGUUGGAAUUAAGUUAUCCACUGGAGAACGGCAUUGUUAGAAAUUGGGACGAUAUGAUCCAUUUAUAUGACUACAUAUUCGGUCCAAAAAAGAUGAACAUUGAUCCCAAACAUGCAAAGAUUUUGUUAACAGAGCCUCCUCUCAAUCCAUUGCGUAACAGAGAGAAAAUGGUUGAAGUUAUGUUUGAAAAAUAUGGCUUUAAUGCACUAUUCAUUGCCAUCCAAGCGACAUUGACUCUUUACGCCCAAGGUCUCAUGACUGGGGUUGUCGUUGAUUCGGGUGAUGGUGUUACUCACAUAUGCCCAGUUUACGAUGGACUCUCUUUGCCGCAUUUAACAAGACGUUUGAACGUCGCCGGUCGCGACAUAACACGCUACCUUAUUAAACUCUUGUUACUGCGUGGUUAUGCAUUCAAUCAAACAGCAGAUUUUGAAACAAUCCGCCAAAUGAAAGAGAAGUUAUGUUAUGUGGCGUACGACGUGGAGCAGGAGCAAAAUCUAGCUCUAGAUACAACAGUUUUGGUGAAAAAAUACACGUUACCUGAUGGACGUGUUAUCAAAGUAGGUGGUGAGCUAUUCGGUGCACCAGAAGCUCUCUUUCAGCCUCAUCUAAUCGAUCGUGAAGGUGUCGGUAUAUCAGAAUUAUUAUUUAAUACAAUCCAAGCUGCUGAUAUUGAUACAAGACCAGCAUUCUACAAGCAUAUAGUAUUAAGUGGUGGGAGUACAAUGUAUCCUGGUUUGCCAAGUCGUCUUGAACGUGAAAUUAAACAGUUAUAUUUACAAAAUGUACUGAAAGGUGAUACAGAAAGAUUUGCAGUAAGUAUUCUAAUUUUUUUUUUGAUUAAGUCAUUUAGUGAGUUAUACGCAAAGUAGAAUCUGGCACAUUUUCACAUCUGUUCAAGUUGCCACGCCUCUAUUAGUAGAGUGAGGAGAAAUUGUUAGGGCGAAUUCCAGAGUGAUAGAGUUAUUAUUAAGAUAGAUGGUGGCUAGCAGUGGAACCCAGGAAUCACAUUUCGUCCUAUUUAGGAUUCGUUAACCGGAUACACCUUGGUCUCAGAGUUGAUGUUCACUCCGAGACUCGAAUCCAGUACCGUUCGCUUCACAUGCCAUCGCGUUACCCACUUAGCUGCUGAGUUCAGAGAGCCACUAGCCUGUGCAAUUUUGGUGAAGUUU